AUGAUAUAUGAUGCUAAAAUAAUCGGAGUGGAUACUCAAUCCGAUAAUGUUUUGUACAAAAUGCGUAUCUUCAAUUCACAAACUUUUGAGCAAAGGGAAAUUAGGGUCAAAUAUAGUUUCUUAUCUGAUUUACAUUCCCAUUUAUAAGAUUUAAAUCCAGAUCGCCAAUUACCCCAAUUUCCGAAGAAAGACUUAAUUCAAUCCUUUAUGGGAGAAAACAAAUUUGUGAAGCAGAAGGAACAAUUGAUAGCUGAAUACUUUUCAUAACUAAUGAAAUCGCCACCUCCUUUAUGUAAACCCUUAUUGGAGUUUUUAAGAGAAGGAGCAGAUGCCAUUAGAUAGAAGGAAUUGUCAAAGGAAUUACACACUAAAUCGGAACUCUUCAAAUUGAUUAAACCACAAAAGGAACUCAAAAAAUCAAUAUUUGGCAAAACCACACUCUGUACAAUGCAGGGAAGAAAAGUUAUUUUGCAUAAAUUCUAUGUUUUAAGAAAUGAAAGUGAAGAAUUAUUUAGCCAUUAUUUUAAUACGCAUUUAUAUUUCACUGAUUUCACCUACAUUUGUAAAGUAAUUCAUAUAUUCUUUUUGCAUUCAAAACAGAAUUUUAUGGAUAGCAUGUUUGGGUCAAUUAAACUACCAAGAUCUUGCAAAAAAUAGCACUUUGAACAUUUUCUCUCCUCAAUGAAUAAGUAUGAUGUUGUUAAAUUAUUCUCUAUUGAAGUCUAGGAAGGAUAAAAUCUAGAGGAAAUUAUAAUAGAAAAAAGAAAUAAGUAGAUUCCCUUCUCCAAUAGCGAACUUUGGAAUUUAAUCUAAAAGUUAUUGGAUGCAAUACUCUUCCUUCACAACAAUGAGUGUUAUCCGAAUAGAAUAACACCUACUUCAAUCAUUAUCUAUCAUGAUAAUCUUAAAUUAACGGGAAUCCAAGAACCAAAUGAAAAAUAUAAAGAAAGAUAUGUAAUUGAUGGACAUGCCAUUAGAACAGACCAAGAGUAUGACUCAAUAUAUUUUCCACCUGAAAAACUGAAUUCAAUCUAAUUACAUGGAAAAUUGGCAGAUAGUUGGCAAUUUGGAGUAUGCAUAGUCAAGGCUGCUCUACUUUGUACAAAUAAAGAGUUAGACGGCAUCCACUAACCGAAAGUUGUUAACGAGUUAAUCGCAAAAAUAAAGAAUUAAUAUGGGUAAUCAAACUUAUUUUUAACUUAGAUAAGUGAUGAAAUAGCCAAUAUCUUAAUGUUGAGCUUGAAAAAUUAAAUCUAACAACGAGCUGUAAUUAAAAACCUACAUUCUUUGGCUACUCAGAGUUCUGUGAUCCCAUUUUAAAGUCUUUAUUUGAAUCAAACACAAGACCAGCCUGUGACCUUUUUAAGGUUCGACUCCAUAAAUGAAGAAGAGUAAUAAAGACUUACAGCUUAACUUUCUUAAUCAACUGUGCUCUCAAUUAAGAUCAAUUUGUUUAAUUAAUAAGUUGACGAUAAGGAAUUAGAUAAGUUGAUGUCAUUGUUGGGAGAUUUCGCAAUAGUUCGAGAUAUCGAGAUAAUAUUGAAUAAGGCAAAGAAUAUUAAUGUAAGUAGUGUUCUCAGUAGUUUAGCAUCGAUUAAAUCUGUGAUAAACUUGAACUUAGAUUUAAAGGGGAUAUAAAUAGAUUAAAAUGAUAUCAUAUAUGGAAUCUAAGUAUUGAAACAAAUGAAUCUGCUGAAACGGUUUACUUUAGAUUGUUCUUCCAUGGAUUUUAUAAACUUUCUAAAAGCAGAAUUAGAUGAUAAGAUGAAAUUGAUUUGUUAUUAUGAAACAUAAUUGAUUUGA